AUGAGCAAUCGUGGAGGACCUUAUAUUCGCAGACAUAAGCAAACUGAACAAUCAAAUUCAGAUAUUUCUGGUGUCCAAGAACAUUCAUCUGGGCCACACAGUUAUAAUACGACUAACGAAAGAAUAGAUUUUCCAAUGUUUUCCACUCCUGGACCAUUGAGCGCUACAUCGCCACCAAGAUCAAAAUAUGACACGGAUGUCAAUUUCCUUUUGUCGAACCAAAGAGAAUCAACCACAGUUGGAUCGAACUCUAAUCUCGAUCGAGCGGCAUAUUAUCCUCCACAAACAAGUGGAGGCAAAGAACAAUUCAAUCUGAAGCAGCUGCGUCUGGAACUGCAAUUUGGUAUAAAUGACAAUCCGAUCAAAGGAGCAACUAGUGGUACUACGGGAGAGAAUGAUAGCGACGAAGACGAGCGAUUUUUAAGAUUAGCUAGGGAAGCUUUAGUAGCGACUGCAAAGAAUGCAAGUGAACAUGGAUCAACGGUAGUUGAUCCGACUAUACAGGAUCUAUUGCAGAGGUUGCAAUAUGCUUCUUCGCCUCAUGGAAACCCGAUCAGCAAAUCCAAUUUGAUACAAUCCAAUGAGAGGGGCCAGCUUAUGAUUCAAGACUUUUACGAACAGUUUCCAAAUUUUAGUAACGAUAUAUUUAUGAACGAUGCAAGACCCUCGCCAUCUUCCCGACCUCAUCAGUCUCUGCCGAAUCAUCCUUCAAAUUCGAAUAACCAAGGAUGGAAUUUCUUGGUGGGACAACCUCUCCAACUUAAAGAGCCUGCAGCAGAACCUCAAAAUGCUGGAGGGCUUACAGAUCUGGAGCAGUCAGAUUCACAGCUUCUUAAUGAGACUAGAAAGUUCUUAUGCAAGAAGUGUUCAAUGUCUUUUAGGCGAUCUUCAGAUUUAAAGAGACAUGAGAAGCAGCACUUGGUUAUACCUCCAAACAUAUGUGACAGAUGUGGCAAGGGCUUCGCUAGAAAGGAUGCAUUAAAGAGGCACUGGGGCACUCUCACGUGUAAAAGAAAUGCACAGAAAAAGCUCUAUAGUGAUAAUCUAGAUUAUUUGCAUCAGCAGAAAACUUCUUAA